UCCCGAGGGCGGCCCGCGGAGCGGAAGCGACGGGCGGCGGGUAGGUCUAGGAACUUGCAGCAGAUACCAUGUUAGAAAGGAGAGAGAGAUUGGUAGAAUAAUUGUUGUAUUGCUUGAGCCUCAUAAACAUAUAUAUAGGAGUACAAUGAUCAACUUGAGUACAAAAGAAGAUAGAACAAAUUUUAGUCCAUCUCAUAUUUCCUAAUAAUUAAUAUACUCACCACAGAUCAUCUAAAACCGUAGCCAAAUUCACUGUUUUGACCCUUUUUGUAACGUUAAGCCGGAUCUGACCCCGGUGGGGAAUAUUUUUCGGAUUUGAACCUUCUGUUACUGUCAGACCAUUUGACGGUAGGGUAUGACAACCUACCGUCAAGGCCCUGGCGGUAGGAAAAUGGCCUACCACCGCAGGGGCCGGCGGUAGCAUGUGUAACCCUAUCGCUAAGGAGUCCGACGGUAGGCACACACACGCAUUGUGUCUGUAACUUAGAUUUUUUUUACGGUAGGCAUGCAACCCUAUUGCCAGGGACCUCGGCGGUAGGUUGUUAUACCCUACCGUCAAGGGGUCCGACGGUAGCAAAAGGAUCAGAUCCGAAAUUUUUCUUCAUCAGGGUCAGAUCCGGCUUAACCUUACUAAAAGGGUCAAAACAAUGAAUUUUGUCGUGUACCAUAACCAUUAACCACAGUUUGAUAGGAUGGAUGUACUUAAAAAUAAUGGACGACCACAACACAUCCCAUCCCCUCAGUACGUAUGUGUACCAUCGGCUGGGUGAAAGCUGAGAAAGAUGUGGUAACUUAUCACAGAUGCGUAACUUUUUCUUUUCCGAAAUGACACGGGUGCGUAACUGAUACGGAAGGCAGGAGACAACAACACAUGCAUGGCGUGGGACCUCUCGGUGUAGAAUUCCAUCACAUCUAUGCUGGAGUAGUAUUCAGGCCAUUUUCAAUGCAUUGGUGAGAUGUUAAGCACGUUAAAUAGUUUAGCAACUAAACUCUCCAAUGUUUGGGACCUCUCGGUGUAGAAUUCCAUCACAUCUAUGCUGGAGUAGUAUUCAGGCCACUUUCAAUGCAUUGGUGAGGUGUUAAGCACAUUAAAUAGUUUAGCAACUAAACUCUUCAAUGCAUAGUUUCUUAGCUUAUUGUAGCUAAGCCUCUUUAUUUAAUACUUUUGCAACUAAAGUUAUGCAUACAUUGAUGCAUUUCUUUCAUUUAAUUGUUUUACCUAGGUUCACGCGUUUAGCAUUGUUUUUUCCUGUAUCACUACACUCAUCUCUCUUCUAUUAAUUAACUUGCCACAUCAGAUUUUUUGUCUAUGUGACAACCUUAGCACCUGUAGAAGGUGGAGCAUUGGGAGUAGCCUCAAACUCCAAACCAAAAUACUACUCUAUGUUGUUGUAAGCAGCAAAAGGUUUAUGUCCAUUAACUCCUUGAACAUGGCAUGGUAGGGUAGUUUCGACCAAUUGAUUAGGGCUAGCCAAACUUGCCAUUAGAGCACAAUUUGUGGAUUUGCCAAAAGUUUUGCCGAAUUCCCGAAACUGCAUUUUCGCAACUGCUUUCAAAAAGUUUGGAUCAACGGUAGCCAAAGCCAACGUUGGGUUGCUCUACAUCUGCCAUAUGUCCAGAGCGUUUCCUAGACAAAGGCGCGGCCUGCGCGGCUUACCAUGUGUGACCUUGACUGACCUAUACACACACAGUUGUUUCAUUGAUACUAUUCCAUGUGCUGUGCUUCGGUGCCUUGUCUAGUACACUCAGUAGUGUCAGCGUCUCCGUUACACAUGCGUGGCAUAUAGACGGGAAAGGUCACAUGUGUACAACAGAUGGAAUACUAUGUAGACCGGGGGUCAUCCUUCUUUUCUAAAAAAAAAAGAUGAAAUAAUAUGUUGGACCCCAUAUGCUAUAGCCUAGCACUCCUACCAUAUACUAGGAGGAGUAGCUGAUUUGUGGUCUUCACACCAACGGUCCAACCCCGGUUGCUCUCGGGACGGCAGGAAAAUAACUGUCCAUCGAUUCCCGGACAGCGAGCAAGCGAGCGCAGCCUCGGAUAGCAUGGAGGAAGUUUCCAGGAAGCUACCGCAAAAUGGAGUGGACCCGUUGGUGGUUAUUCGCUGGUUAGACUUACCGAGCACCUCAUGAUUAGGAAACUUUUUGUCUCCAUGUCAUCAAAUUAGAAAGUUCUUCACACCGUAUGCCAAAACCAGUUUCACCUGGACCCGCCACUUUCCUUCCUAUAAUCAAAGUGCAAGUGUGAACAAAUAUGAACACAUUAAAUUCAGAUUUGAUUUCUUUUAUAAAAGGGUACUCAAAUUAUGAGUCACUUUCAUCGUUGGAAUCCUGGCGACAUGCUCUUCAAAGCUAGAUCCUGCAUGGGUAUGUUUUGAUGAAUUUUUCUUGUGUGCAAUUUAGUCCAUGUUUUGUGCAACUGCCUAGGAGUCAAUGUGUAACUACCUGAAAGUGAAUGUGCAACUUUCAGCCUACCACGUGGAUGUGCGGAUGUGCAGUUUUCACCAGUAGCACCCCCACCACCAAAACUACCUCCUUUCAGUAAGAUGUGCAACUUCAUCUGUUGCACGGGGCAACUGUCUAGUAGUUAAUGUGCAACUUUCCUCCUGUUCGUGAACGUGCUUUCACUGUUUGCUGCAUCAACCAACUGCCUAACAGUGGAUGUGCAACUUUGGAUACUCGGCCAACUGUCUAACAAUAAUGUGCAAUCUUCCUUCAUACCCCCAUGAAUGUGCAAUUUCCCUACUAGCAUCUAGUCCAAACAAUCCCUUUAGGCCUUAUCUAUAUGCAACUUUUCACUACCCUCAUGAAUAUGUAACUUUUCGCUAUCCUCAUGAAUGCAGAAUUUUCACCAUCCAACUAUUCUUGCCUGUGAGAUGUGCAACUUCUUAUGUUGCCCCAGCCAACUACCUAGCUGACUUUGUGUAACUUCGUUUGUUGCCCUCACUAACUGAAACUACAUAUCCAUAAGUUGGGAGGUGAAGGAGUUGCAUAUCAACUAAUAGGCAGUUGGUUUGAACAAUAGACUAAGUUGCACAUAUCGCUGAUAGGAGAGGUGGGACAGGGUGUGUCAAUAGUAAAAAAACUACAUAUGCACAAAUAAGGAGGAGGGUUGCACAUCGACUAUUAGGUAGUUGGCCUGGACAGUAGGGUAGUUGCACAUCAAGUUGUCAUGGUUGCUAGAUUGCAACCUCAUCAGAAGUUGGAUCAUGCAAUUGCAAAAAAUGGUUUUGAAAAAGUUGCACCAUGCAAUACUAAAAUUGUAUGAUGCAGUACCAAAGUUGCAUCAUAUAGCACCAAAGUUAGCAUAAUAUAUUUUUGUCAAAAUAUACCCAUACGGGAUCUAGUUUCAAAGAUCUCGUAGCUGUUAAGCUUCAUGCACUAGCCAAUGCAACAAAAAGUCCGAACUGAUGGAAAGACCUAGGCAAUCCACAUAUACACUUCAAUACCCUCUCUCAUUUGUGACACGGAAAGUCAACACGUGGACAAACUCAGAGGUAUGGCUCAAGAGGCCUAUACGUGGACACAUAGGGGGCGGCAACAAUUUUUGAAUAAACUACGAAAGCCAAGACUUGAACUCAAGUCCUUAUGUCCUGAUACCAUGUUAAGCUUCAUGCACUAGCCAACGCAACCAAAAGUCCAAACUGAUGAAAAGGGCUAGGCAAUCCACAUAUACACUUCAACAGUAGCGAUGAAUCCAAAGAUGAAGAUGAAUCUGAAUUCCGACGCACCAUUUGAAAGAUAUGGACCUGUUUUUCCUUCGAGUGUGACUAGUCAGUCCACAUUUAAUGCCAGCAACCACAUGCUGCCAUGCGGCCUGAGUUAGGUGGGCGCGUUUAAUACGAUCGUGGCGGUGGUUGGAUAGCUGAUAGGUAGGUGGGGCCGUGAUGGAGAUGAGUGGACGCGUGGUGUGCCCGUCUGGCAUCCGCUUGGGCACAAAAUCGGUCACAGAUUUGGGUCGAAAAUGUCUCUAGACGGACAGUGAACGGGGCAACUUUUGGGGUUGGGUCAGCGUGUUGGGCCAGUUUUUUCGUCUCUUUGGACACAAACGGACACGCAUGAACAGUUUGGGUUGGCCCGUUGGAGUUGCUCUGAGCAUAACUAAAAUGACUAGGUUUCUUGUGGUGGGACCAACGUACCAUGUUUUAAGUUCACUAGUGCUCGUAUUUUCUUGAAUUUAUUUCAGACUUUUCGACGAUGUUUGUUCAAUGGAAGGAGGGAGAAGUUUCCAUCAGUCACGAGACGUCUGUGAUGAUUUUGUCAAUCUCAAUAUGUAUUAGCGCAGUCUCUUGAAGGUGCUCAUAAGGCUCUACCGAUCCAGUCACUGUUUCCCUAUCUAUACUUCAUGAUUAGGGACUUGAAAGUCGCAAAGCAAGAGCAAGACAUUGGGUUCUAUGCUGGUUUUGUUGGGGCUACUUAUUUCCUUGGAAGAACCAUCAGUGCUGUGCCAUGGGGCAUUUUUGCUGACAAAUAUGGGAGGAAACCCUGCAUUGUUAUCAGUAUCCUCUCAGUGAUCGUAUUUAACACCCUUUUCGGCCUUAGCACGACUUACUGGAUGGCAAUUGUAACUAGAGGGCUACUUGGGUUACUCUGUGGUAUAUUAGGACCAAUCAAGGCAUAUGCUUCAGAAGUCUGCAGAAAAGAGCACCAGGCACUAGGAAUUUCUCUUGUUACAUCUUCACGAGCAAUAGCCCUUGUUAUUGGACCAGCCAUUGGAGGAUUUCUUGCACAGCCUGCAAAGAAGUACCCGGGUCUUUUCUCUGAGGAAUCCAUAUUUGGAAGGUUUCCAUACUUCCUCCCUUGCUUCGUCAUAUCGGUUCUAGCGGCAGGAGCAUGUCUUGCAUGCAUUUGGCUCCCGGAAACUCUGCACAUGUAUCAUGAUGACAAAGUGGAAGCUAUUGAGGAAAUGGAGGCACAAGUUGUUGAUUCGACCUCUGAAGACAGGAAAGCUAAACAAUCUGGAUCAGGCAGAAUGGCAUCCACAAAGGACCUGCUAAAGAACUGGCAGUUGAUGUCAGCAAUAACCCUCUACUGUGUGUUUUCUCUCCAUGACACAGCUUAUCUUGAGAUAUUUUCACUCUGGGCUGUGAGCAGUAGAAAAUACCGGGGACUGAGUUUUACAUCUCAGGAGGUUGGUACCGUGCUAGCUAUCUCAGGUUUUGGUGUUUUGGUAUAUCAACUUCUGAUUUACCCGCUCCUUGCCAAGUAUGCUGGGUUAGUCAAGCCAUUCCGAUCUGCAGCGGUAUUAUCUAUACUUCUCCUUGCAACAUAUCCAUUCAUGGCUAACCUAUAUGGCGUGGAGCUCAAAGUACUCAUCAACAUAGCCUCGCUUCUUAAGAAUAUGUUUGCGGCUACGAUUACUAUUGCCUGCAACAUUCUGCAGAACACAGCGGUGGCACAAGAACAAAGGGGUGUAGCAAAUGGUAUAUCUGUGACUCUCAUGUCAAUCUUCAAAGCAGUAGCUCCAGCAGCAGCAGGAAUUCUGUUUUCAUGGGCUCAGAAGAACAUAACCGGAUUGUUCUUACCAGGUGAUCAGAUCCUGUUCUGGAUGCUGAACAUGGUGUCAGUAAUCGGGCUCUCGCUGACGUUCAAGCCAUUUUUCUCUAUGCCGAGUGCGCUAAAAUGAUGAGCACACAAUUAUGUUCAUCUAGCUAGUUAAGUAAACUUGGGGGCACUACCGCAGAUUGCAGCCCUGGAUAAAAAAACUGCGCCGUGUAUUGUGUCACAGAUACUUUUCAUAAUUUUUUGUUUGUGUGAUCA